AUGACUUAGAAACACACAGGACUCAUGUGGUAGAGAUUAACCCAGUUUGGAUAUGGCUUUGAUUUCUCACCUCCAAUGGCUCAUCCUCAAUUUUGUCUUCUUCUUUACAUCCAUUUUAAUAAACUUGUAUUUUCCAAUUUCUUUUUUAUGGGUCCAUUUUCUUUCAGGUUUAUCUACUAGUCCCUCUGCAUGUACUGUUCUCUCAAGUCUUGAAUCAGAAGAUUUUUGGAGGGGGCACGUGAAAAAUCAACAAGCGAGAUGGAGAUUACUAAUGUCACCGAGUAUCAGGCAAUCGCCAAAGAAAAGUUGCCAAAAAUGGUGUAUGACUACUAUGCAUCGGGUGCAGAGGAUCAGUGGACUCUGGCUGAGAAUCACAACGCUUUCUCAAGAAUUCUGUUUAGGCCUCGGAUUCUUAUUGAUGUGAGCAAAAUUGACAUGAGCACAACCGUAUUGGGCUUCAAGAUUUCGAUGCCUAUCAUGAUCGCCCCAACGGCCAUGCAGAAAAUGGCUCACCCUGAUGGAGAGUAUGCAACAGCUAGAGCCGCCUCAUCAGCUGGAACAAUCAUGACAUUGUCAUCAUGGGCUACUUCUAGUGUUGAAGAAGUCGCUUCAACAGGACCUGGCAUUCGAUUUUUCCAGCUUUACGUCUACAAGGAUCGGAAUGUUGUGGCUCAACUGGUGAGGAGAGCCGAAAGGGCGGGUUUCAAGGCCAUAGCACUUACAGUCGAUACACCAAGGUUGGGUCGCAGAGAAGCUGAUAUCAAGAACAGAUUUGUUUUGCCACCAUUUUUGACGUUGAAGAAUUUUGAGGGUUUGGACCUCGGUAAAAUGGAUGAGGCUAAUGACUCUGGAUUAGCUUCAUAUGUUGCUGGUCAAAUCGAUCGUACCUUGAGUUGGAAGGAUGUGAAGUGGCUCCAGUCAAUUACUUCAAUGCCGAUCCUGGUGAAGGGUGUAAUCACUGCCGAGGAUACAAGGCUUGCUAUUCAGAAUGGAGCGGCCGGUAUUAUUGUAUCCAAUCACGGUGCUCGCCAGCUUGAUUACGUCCCAGCCACUAUCAUGGCUCUGGAAGAGGUUGUGAAAGCUGCACAAGGUCGUGUGCCAGUAUUCUUGGAUGGUGGGGUCCGGCGUGGAACAGAUGUGUUCAAGGCAUUGGCACUAGGUGCCUCUGGUAUCUUUAUCGGUCGACCUGUGGUCUUCUCAUUGGCAGCUGAAGGAGAAGCCGGUGUGAGAAAAGUACUCCAGAUGUUGCGCGAUGAGUUUGAGCUGACUAUGGCGUUGAGUGGUUGCCGUAGUCUUAACGAGAUAACCCGUCAUCACAUUCAGACCGAGUGGGAUGCUCCUCGCGCUCUUCCAGCUCCACGGUUAUAGAAAUGUGCAUCAAAUGUACGACCAACUGAAAUAAUCAGAUUUCAUGUUCUCAAGAGCCUACCUUCUCAUUUUUAAUUUAAAUGAGUCUCUUUUGAAUACUGAUGGAACUAUAUAUUUUCAUAAAUGGCCCGAGUUUCCUUCGUUGUAUAUUUUUCUUUCAAAUAUCAAUUUCCAAACUUGUGAAAAGUA